CCUGUUGCGUUCAAAGGGAAGCCGGGAGGCCAAUGCGGCUGGUCGCGUGAAACCACUGCGCGCUUGGUUGACCCAAUACCUCAAGAAACUCGAAGUUACAGAGUAACGACAUCCGUCCAUCGACUCAGCACAGCUCAAAACAAACAGUUUCAGGUGUUUAGUUCAACCAACAAAAUGCGUCUGAGGCGACGAAUGUCCCCCCUGAAGCUUGCUGUUCUGGGGGGAACGCUUUUCAUGGUGGUUCUGGUGGUGCUCCAGAGGGAUGUUGGCAGUGCUUCACUUCAGGAUCCCUGGCUGCGAGAUCUCUCUGACAAAAAGGAGAAAGUUUUUGAGAUUGUUCGGGGGGCAGUCAAUAAUUUUGCUUUCCAAAUUGGAGCCCCUCAGCCCCUAUCGGUGGAGCUACAACCCACCAUUAACCAAAACUGCCCCUCGGGCUUCUACACGCAAGUAGAACUGAAACCAUGGAUGGAGAGACCUCCACAGGACCCUCAGAGCCUCGGAGCUGAUGGCAAAGCUUUCCAAAAAGACAGCAUGUCUCCAGAGGAGGAGAAGGAAAAAGAGGAGGGCAUGACCAGGCACUGCUUUAACCAGUUUGCCAGUGACCGGAUCUCCCUGCACCGCAGUCUUGGAGAUGACACCCGCCCGCCUGAGUGUGUCGAGCGAAAGUUUCGCCGCUGUCCUCCUCUUCCGACCACAAGUGUGAUCAUUGUUUUCCACAACGAGGCGUGGUCAACACUUUUACGUACCGUGUACAGUGUGCUGCACACCUCCCCGGCAGUUUUCCUUAAGGAAAUCAUAAUGGUGGAUGAUGCCAGCACAGCAGACCACCUACAAGGUAAACUGGAUGAGUACGUGAAGUCACUGAAGAUCGUGAAGGUUGUGCGUCAGCCAGAGAGGAAGGGUCUCAUCACGGCGAGGCUCCUUGGGGCCAGCAAAGCUCAGGGGGAAAUCCUCACCUUCCUGGAUGCCCACUGUGAGUGCUUCCAUGGCUGGCUUGAGCCGCUCCUUGCUCGUAUUGUUGAGGAACCUACUGCGGUGGUGAGCCCCGAAAUCACAUCCAUUGAUUUAAACACCUUCCAGUUCCACAAGCCCGUGGCAACUGCGCGUGCCCACAACAGAGGAAAUUUCGACUGGAGUCUCACAUUUGGCUGGGAGGGAAUUCCAGACUAUGAAAAUGCUAAACGCAAAGAUGAGACCUACCCAGUAAAAACUCCCACAUUUGCCGGUGGUUUAUUCUCCAUAUCCAAGGCCUACUUUGAGAAAAUUGGAACCUAUGAUGACAAGAUGGAGAUAUGGGGUGGUGAAAAUGUGGAGAUGUCCUUCAGGGUGUGGCAGUGUGGUGGACAAUUGGAGAUAAUCCCCUGCUCAGUUGUGGGUCAUGUCUUCCGCACAAAGAGUCCUCACACCUUUCCUAAAGGUACAGAGGUCAUAACACGUAACCAGGUGCGCCUGGCUGAGGUGUGGAUGGAUGAAUACAAGCAUAUUUACUACCGACGCAGCCAAAGUGCAGCUAAAAUGGCUAAAGAUAAAAACUAUGGUGAUAUAUCUGACCGUCUGAAUCUCAGAGAAAGCUUACAGUGCAAGAAUUUUUCUUGGUACCUCACCAAUGUCUACCCGGAGGCCUUUGUACCUGAUCUGACCCCUGUCAAGUUUGGAGCACUCAAAAACCUAGGAUCACAGCAUUGUCUGGAUGUUGGAGAGAAUAACAGUGGUGGAAAGCCUGUGAUUAUGUACAUAUGUCACAACAUGGGUGGCAAUCAGUACUUUGAAUAUACAUCACAUAAUGAGCUGCGGCAUAAUAUAGGAAAGCAACUCUGCCUGCAUGCAACUCCAUAUCCAGAGCAAGUGAAGAUUGAUCUCUGUACAUUAAAGGGCAAAGGCAGUAGUUUGAGUCCUGAACAAGAGUGGGUGUUUACAGAAGACCAACUAUUGAAGAAUCCCUCCUCUGAAAAGUGUCUCCACCUCAAGGGAGACCAAGUUGUAAUGAGCCCUUGCAAUCCAAUAGACUUUCACCAGCACUGGGCUUUCAGUUGAUAUCUCACUCCAACCAAUGGACAAGGACGUUCAUUCCCAUGAUGAAGCACAGCAGCCAUAGCUCAGGCUGAUUUAAAAAAAAACUAAAAGUUGUCAGACUCACUGUAAGCCUGAUCGGAUGCAUUGGGAGUGGAUUGCAUUGUUCAUAUUUGUUGCCUUCCAAAGACAUUGUGAUCGAACUUGGUUGCUCAAGAUGCUCAGGAAAAGACUGUGUGGAAAUCAUGCACAUCCACUGGAUCGUUGAAGAGUGAACAAUCCAGCAGCAAGAUUAUUUACUGAAAGCUAUAUAUUUUGUCUUAUCUGACGAUGUUUACUGUUGAUUUUAAAAUGGUGUAGGUUUUAUUUAUUUUUAAAAGAACUAUUUUUGGAAUAUUGUUAGUGUUAAAGCCAAUGAGUUGCUAUUCUUGCCAACGGCAGUGUGAUGUUUGUAUGAAGUAAAUAAUUUGUACAUGUUGCAGGGGAAUGAGGGGUUUAUUUCAGAGGUAGUAAUUGCCGUAAGGCUGGACUAGUUUUCAGGUCCUCAAAGCCAUCAGUGUGUAUGUGUUAGCAACAUGUGACUACUUUCACUUGAUUCUUUCAGUGUGCUGAGCUCUUUUGGGGGGAGAUCUUUCUCUAAAAUACAUAAGCUGAACUAAAAUUGUUUCCUUUUAUUUCAGUUACACUUUAGAUUAUUAUUCAUCAUGGAUCUUGGAUACAUUGAUUUUUAAAGAACAUUUCUUUGAAAAGCUAUAUUAGUAAUUGUAACAUUUAUAUUCACAAAUAUUAGAUUUUUCAAUAAUUAGAUUUUCAAAACAUGUUUUGGUUUGAUUGUACUGAAUGACCAGGCUAUCCCAUCAAUGGAUUUUUUUUUCUUCCUUGAUGGCACGGGCAUAUUCCAGGAUGACAAUGCCAAGAUUCAUCUGGCUCAAAUUGUGACAGAGGUUCAGGGAGCAUGAGGAAUCAUUUUCACACAUGAAUUGGCCACCACAGAGUCCUGACCUUAACCCCAUUGAAAGUCUUUGGGAUGUGCUGGAGAAGAUUUUACGGAGUGGUUCGACUUGCCCAUCAUCAAUACAAGAUCACGGACAAAAAUCAGUGCAACUCUGGAUGGAAAUAAACAUUGUGACGUUGCAUAAGGUCGUUGAAACAAUGCUAAUGCAUGCCGUAAUCAAAGCUAAAGGCUGUCCAAUUAAAAAUUAGAGUAUGCAACUUUUGCAACUUUUUUUUUUUUUUUUUUUGGUCAAGCAGUGUAAUCAACUUGGUAUUAACCACCACUGUCAUCAAGAAACUAACUCUUCAGGUCAUUUAUGGUUUUACA